AUGUCACAACAGAACAACGCAGCAGAAGGCUCCAAGCCCGCCGCUAGUACCGCUCAGGCCGGUCCAGCAACGACCGGAGCGAAGGCAGACGAGGCAGGAGCAAAGAAGUUGCCUCAGCUCGGGGCAUUGGAGGAUGACGAUGAGUUUGAGGACUUCCCAGCUACCGCGGAAGCAUCAGGCAAUAUCCUCGACAAGCUUCAGAAGAGCGACAAGAACAUGGGCGAUCAGCUGUGGGAAGAUAAUUGGGAUGACGACGAUGUCGAGGAUGAUUUUACUAAGCAAUUAAGAACUGCUAUUGCUGAGCGAAACGGAGCACCCGAUGAGGCGAUGAAGGAGUAG